AUGCAGAUUCGCGGGCCGCCCCGGAAAGGCGACGCAGACUCGCAGGGAGCCCCAGCAGCCCCUUGUCCCCCAGUCACCAUAGGCAGUGGAGGGAUGGCCACCCAGCUGCUGGCUGACGAGGCCCUGGAGUUGGUGACAUUCAAAGACGUGGCUGUGGACUUCACCCAGGAGGAGUGGCAGCAGCUGGAGCCAGCUCAGAGGGACUUGUACAAGGAUGUGAUGCUGGAGAACUUCCGGAACCUGAGCUCACUGGAUUUGGAGUGCAGGCCUGAGACAGACGGCCCAGAGGAGGCUGUCCCUGCUGGAGCGCCCCCCAGGCUGGCCCUGGGAGGGCUGGGAGGGGGCUGCCCCUGGCGCUCUGCGUCAGGAGAGGCCGGGACACCUUCAGGAAGCGCCCCUGCAGAGUGCGGGCCCCGAGACCCCCAGCCAGGAAUUCCAGAAGAGAGGGGGCCCCACCAGUGUGACCCGCGGUGUCCCGGCUUGGAGAGACCCCGGCAAGCCCCCAGCGGCGGGAAGUCCUGCGUGUGCCGGGAGUGCGGCGAGGCUUUUGCGCAGCGCACUGAGCUGGCACAGCACCAGCGUGCACACGCCCGGGACAAGCCGUUCGCGUGCGGCGAGUGCGGGCGCCGCUUCCGCAGGAAUGCCACCCUCGCCGUGCACCAGCGCGUCCACACCGGCGAGAAGCCGUUCACGUGCCCUGAGUGCGGCAAGGCCUUCAGCCAGCGCGCCAACCUCACGGUGCACCAGCGCAUCCACACGGGCGAGCGGCCGUACCGGUGCGCCGAGUGCGGCCGCGCCUUCGUGCAGAACAUGCAGCUGGUCGGGCACCGGCGCACGCACACCGGCGAGCGGCCCUACAAGUGCGGCGACUGCGGCAAGGCCUUCACCCUCAUCACCAACCUGGUGGACCACCAGCGCCUGCACACCGGGGAGAAGCCCUUCGCCUGCGACGUGUGCGGCAAGCGCUUCACCAAGCGCUCGUCCCUGCUCGGGCACCAGCGGGCCCCCACAGGCGACAGGCCCCACCCGUGCAGGGUGUGCGGGAAGGCCUUCCGCAAGAAAUCCGACCUGGUCAACCAUCACCGCACGCACACGGGCGAGCGGCCCUUCAAGUGCUACGAGUGCGGCAAGGCCUUCGCGCAGAGCAUGACCCUGGUGGAGCACCAGAAGACGCACACCGGCGAGAAGGCGUACCAGUGCCGGCAGUGCGGCAAGCGCUUCACCAAGUCCUCCGCCCUCAUCCUGCACGAGCGGAUCCACACGGGCGAGAGGCCCUUCCGCUGCGCCGAGUGCGGCAAGGCCUUCAACCAGAACGUGCAGCUCGUGGUGCACCGGCGCAGCCACACGGGCGAGAAGCCUUUCCAGUGCGGCGCCUGCGGGAAGUCCUACAGCCAGAAGGGCUACCUCACGGUCCACCGGCGGACCCACACCGGGGAGCGGCCCUUCGCGUGCAAGGAGUGCGGCAAGACCUUCAGCCAGAAGGCGCACCUCUCCAUCCACCUGAGGAUCCACACGGGCGAGAAGCCCUACCGGUGCAGCGAGUGCGGGAGAAGCUUCCGGAAGGUGUCGUUCCUGUUCCAGCAUCAGGCCGUCCACAGCGACGAGAGGCCCUUCCAGUGCGGCGUGUGCGGCAAGGCCUUCGUGCGCAAGUCCACCCUGGUCCAGCACGGCCGGAUCCACACGGGAGAGAAGCCCUAUCAGUGCGGGCAGUGUGGGAAGGCCUUCCGGCACCAGCCCACACUCACGGCACACCGGAGGAUCCACACCGGGGAGAAGCCCUACGAGUGCAAGGCGUGCGGCAAGGCCUUCAGGCGCAUCGGGAACCUCACCUGCCACCAGAAGACCCACACGCUCGGGGAAGUGCCUCCGGGCGGGCCCAGCACGUAGAGAAGGCCUUCCUCCCAGAUAACCACCAACUGAGGCCAAGUUUCAGCCUGCUCUGUCUUUAGAGUUAACUUAGGGACAUCAAGAGAUGCCCAAAAGGCUUGUGUCACAUUCCCGAGAAUUCAGUGAGGACAAGCCACAGCAGGGCCUGCUUCGUGGGUGUGCAACCUGUGCAACCACACAGAGCCCACACUCGGUUUCACGCUCUGCCAUCACCAUCUCAAAAUCCUUAUAAUCUCAGAAGAAAGGGCACCAAUUUUCAUUUUGCACCAGGACCCCCAAAUUUCACUGGUCCCAGGAGAGAGCAGCCCAAGGUUAGACCAGCGGCCAGACCUGCUUUUGCAUGGCCCAAAAGGUAAGAAUGGUUUUUACAUUUUGAAAGAGUUGUAAAAUAAAAUGAAAAGAAUAUGAGACAGAGCUUCUGUGGCCCACAAAGCGUAAAAUAUUUACCAUCUGGCCCUUCACAGAAAGUUUGCCAACCUCAGCCAUCAACGAACAGUUAUUGGUGGGAAUUCCACACUCUUCUUCAACAUACUCUGGCAGAGUCACUGUUUGGUCUCUUGCUUCUUUCUGUGGUUCCCUUGGGGUGGGCUUCUCCAAUGCAGGUGGAGGGAUGCCGGGAUGGGGCAGCUCCUCCUUGGUCCCUCCUGCCCGCCAUCCUUUUGUUGAUUUCCAGCCCUCGCUGUGGCUCAGACCAGCCGCUGUCCUUGGUCCUGAACCCCAUCUUCUGGGAGCCACGAGUGAUCGGUGUGUCUGGCACUUCAUCGAGAAUGGAAUAAACGCGAUUCUCUGUUUAGUGGCUGCUUGUUCACCGCCCGA